CUCGCAGGAGCAUUCAUGUCCUUCAGAUGUGUCCAUCACAAAGGGUCCAUACUACAUCCCAAAUUCUAUAGAGGCCGGCAGGAUACCGUCAAGGAAAAAGCCGAACCAAAACAAUAAAAAAACGACUCUGGAAGUCCAAGUGUUGCCGGCAACCCUCCCUUCCCAAGCUCAAACGACGAACAUCUCCCUCCCAACAUCAUGAGCAGCACCUCCCCGGCCUACCCCCGCCCAGACUUCCAGCGGCCCAACCUAAACUGGACCUCGCUCAACGGGCCCUGGGACUUCUACUUUGACGACGAGGACGCCGGGCUGGGCGAGGGCUGGCACCUCAGCAGCCCGCCCGCCUCCCUCAAACAAACCAUCCAGGUGCCCUUCGUCUUCCAGGCGCCGGCGUCGGGGAUCGGCGACCGCGGCGCGCACGAGGUGCUGUGGUACUCGCGGCGCAUCAGGGACAUCCGCACGGCCGAGGCCAGGGCGAGGGGCGACCGGCUGCUGCUGCGGUUCGGCGCCGUCGACUACGAGUGCCGGGCGUGGGUGGGCGGGGUCCCCGUCGGCGGGCACAGGGGCGGGCACGUCCCCUUUGACCUGGACAUCUCGGAUGCACUGUUGUCGUCGUCGACGGCGGCAGGUGGUGGUGGAGGUGGUGGAGGUGGUGGAGGAGAGCAGGAUACAACAACAGCAACAACAACAACAACAACCCUCACCCUCCGCGUGCGCGACUCCCCCUACGACCUGACGCAGCCCCGCGGCAAGCAGUUCUGGGGCCCCGCGCCCGAGGGCAUCUUCUACACGCCGAGCAGCGGGGUCUGGCAGGGCGUGUGGCUCGAGGCCGUGCCGCGCAUGCGGGUCGCCAGCAGCAGCGAGGGGACGGUGCUGCGGUCCGACGACAUCGCGGGCGGCGUGCUGCACGCGACGGUCGGCGUCGUGGGCCGCAGGGCGCGGGGCCCGGCGUCGGUGGAGAUGGCGGCGUCGUUCCUGGGGUGCGAGGUCGGCUGCGUGACGGGCGGGCUGCCCCGGGACAGGGAGCUCGCCGGCCUCGACCUCUCGCUGCGCCUGCCUGAGGGCGAGCUGGGGCGGGUCGCGGGCACGCUGGCUGGGGACAGGACCGUCUGGCGCGACGGGCUGGCGCUGUGGUCGCCCGAGCACCCGCUGCUGUACGACCUGACGAUCCGGCUGCGCGACGGCAGCGACGAGGUCGUGGACGAGGUGCACACCACGGCGGGGAUGCGCAGCAUCGACUGGGCGCGAGGGGACGGCACGUUCCGGCUCAACGGCAGGCCCAUCUUCCAGUCGCUGUGCCUGGACCAGGGCUACUGGCCCGGCACGCUGAUGACGCCGCCGUCACAGGCCGCGCUGCGGGACGACAUCGAGCUGGCCAAGGCGAUGGGCUUCAACGGGUGCCGCAAGCACCAGAAGGUCGAGGACCCGCUCUUCCUGUACUGGGCCGACCGGCUCGGGUUCCUGGUGUGGGGCGAGAUGGCCAACGCGUACGCGUUCGGGGCCGAGUAUGUCUCGCGGUUCGACCAGGAGUGGGCCGAGGCCGUGAGGCGCGACAUCAACCACCCGUGCGUCGUGGCCUGGACGCCCGUCAACGAGAGCUGGGCCUACCCGGACCUCACGGCCAACUCGCGGGCCGCCCUCGGCCAGCGGAGCCACCUCCGCGCGCUGUACCACCUCACGCGCGCCCUCGACCCGUCCCGCCCCGUCAACGACAACUGCGGCUGGGAGCACGUCGCCACCGACCUGAGCACCUUCCACGAGUACGCCGACGGGCCCGAGGUCGCGCGCAUCUGCUCCACGCUGCCGGGGAUCCUGCACCGGCUGACGGGCGAGCCCAGGGGGCGCCCCAUGUUCGUGGGCCCUGUCUAUGGCCCGGGCGGCGUGGUGCUCGACCCGGGGGCGCUGCACCGGCCCGGGGCGCCGGUGCUGAAUACCGAGUUUGGGGGGGUUAAUAUCGCGCCGGCGGGGGACGACGAGGCCCAGGGGGAGAGGGAGAGGGAGAGGUUUGGUACUGGGGACUGGGGGUACACCACGGCCAGCGACCCCGAGGACCUGCUGAGGAGGAUCGAGAGGCUGGCGCUUGGUGUUGUUGGCGGGGGGCACUGCUGUGGGUUUGUCUAUACGCAGCUGACCGACAUCGAACAAGAAGUCAACGGGGUCUACUCCUUCGACCGCAGGGCCAAGAUCGACCCGGCCAGGAUGAAGGCCAUCUUCGACAAGGCCGCCAGGGUCUACCUGGACGGGCUGCAGGGCGAUAGGGAAUGGGAGGUUGCUGGGGGCAGCGCGGGGCUGCCGAUCUCGUCAUCGUGAGGGUGGCAUGGCUUUGUCGGUUGUGUGUAGAUCUAGAUGUAGACAAUUUGGAUGUCGUGCGAUGGUGUUGCACGCCUGAUCCCUGUCACUUUUGUUAUGUGUUGC